CUUUACUCCAGUGUUUCUUGGGUCUCCAGCUCACCUCCCUCCCAAUCCUCGGCCUCGGGACAUUCGGUUAGUGGCGGCCACAAGGACCAACCGCCAUUCAUACCUGGCGUCAUGGCUCCAUGGGCCGAUUGCUCACCACGUUCCUGUCUCUGCUCUCCUUGCCCCCCCAAACCCCAAAGACCAAGACCACUACACGGCCGCCGCGCGUAGGCUGUGCUGCGUGUGACACAUUUUCCUUCCAACUCGGUCGCAUAACACGCGGACCUCCUCGUUGACACCUCUAGUCUUAAUUCUCUUCCAUACUUGUUUCUAGAAGGUCUCCUGUGGCGUUGAGUCUUUGUCACGCUGGUCUGUUCUGCCUCGAAGCAAACACACACCUACAUACACCCCAAGAGUGACUAACCGCUACUCCAUGAUUGCGACUAUCUAAGCUGCCCCAGCUCACAAUUGGCUGGCGCUCUUGUCUUAUUGUUCCAACGGGCCAUGACUGCAGCUCCCGGAGCUCACCACUUUCUCCGCCGAGGCGCCGCCGCCGUAUGGGCCGAUGGGCUCGGCUGCCUCGGCCGCAGGCGCGCCGCGACGGGCAAUGUAGCGUUCGGGUCGAGUAGACGGCAUGUGUCUUCGUCACAGGGGGAAAGACCACGGACGGCGCUCUUCUUUCCAGGCCAAGGAGUACAAAAAGUCGGCAUGAUCACACCAUGGCUCGAAGCCUUCCCCCGAACUGCGAAACCCAUCAUUGAGGAAAUCGACCACUACAUGGGCUUCAAGCUCUCCGACGUCAUCGCCGAAGGGCCCAGCAAACUGCUGACCAAGACCCCCAACGCCCAGCCGGCCAUCAUGGCGACCUCGAUCCUGAUUCUGCGCAUUCUCGAGCGCGAGUUCGACUUUGACGUCGCGCGCCGCGUUGACGUGACGCUCGGUCACUCUCUGGGCGAGUUCGCCGCCCUCGUGGCGGGCGGCUACCUCGAGUUCGAGGACAGCCUGUACCUCGUCCGGAAGCGGGCCGAGGCCAUGGCGGAGGCGACGCGGCGGGCCGUGGAGACGUACGGCGGGGAGUACGGCAUGGUGGCCAUCGUUACGGAGCCCGAGUACCUGGGUCCGCUGAUCGCGGCGAUACACGACUUUGUGGGCCACUCGAGCGCCGGGUCAAAGGGGGAGAGCUCCGAGGACGUGCCGCCUAUCGAGCAGGUGCUCAUCGCCAACGUGAAUAGCAAGAACCAGAUUGUGCUGAGCGGGAAUAUCGAGCGGAUCAAGACGCUUUCGACGCAUGUUAGGCAAUUUCUGGGCCACGACCCGCGCGCGGUGCGGUUGAAUAGCGAUAGCCCGUUUCACAGCCCGCUGAUGAAGCCCGCCGUCGGGGUGAUGCAGAAGAUCUUGUCGAGGAAGAGCCGCGUCAAGGGCCGUGAGGCGGAGGAUAUUAUUACGUUCCCCGGGCGAUUGCCGUGCAUCAGCAACGUGAGCGCGCGGCCCUUUGAGAGCAGAGAGGACGUCAAGGAUCUGCUGGCGCGGCAGUGUCUGGAGACGGUAAGGUGGUGGGACAGCAUCAAGUACCUCGACCAGGAGGAGAAGGUGCGGCGCUGGGUCGGUAUCGGGCCGGGGAAAGUUGGGCGGAAUCUUGUUGGUAAAGAGGUUGGUAUGAGGGGCAAGGACUCGGUCAAGGGCGGCGGCGUGUGGGCGAUCACAGACCCUAGUGAGAUUGAGGAGAUGUUGAGGGGUUUGGAGGAGACGGAAGGGUUGUCGGGUGAGGAGAUUGAGUGAGGGAGGGCCUAUGGUCUACGACGAUGGUCGUCUGUUCUGUUCCUUGGUGCGCAAAAUUUGGGAAACGGGGGGCUAUCAAGGGCGCUUUUUUCAACUUUUCUCAGUGGGCGUGUUCGCUCGUGAGAAGAAGGUCGGGCUUCUACGCCUUCGUUAUGAAGACUGGAGUAAUGGUUCAGUUUAGUUUGGGUGUAAUACUACUUCUCUACAAAGGGGAAACAUCAUAUGAAUCAUUCUAUGCAGUUCUGGAUGCAGUUUGGAGAAUCAU